GUUCUUCCUAACUAGAAUGGAGUUGGCCGGACUUUAGCAGAAGGCUUUCCAGGCGUCUUCAAGGCAGCUUGUUCUUCUGGAGAAGAACUGAACUCAGGGCAUUUUUUAAAAAAAAUCAGGAAAAAGUGGGCAGAGAACCUAGAUUUGUCUUGUCGUGAACGAUGGGUGACUGGGGAUUCCUGGAGAAGUUGCUGGACCAGGUGCAGGAGCAUUCGACCAUCAUCGGCAAGAUCUGGCUGACGGUCCUCUUCAUCUUCCGCAUCUUGAUCCUGGGCCUCGCUGGGGAGUCCGUCUGGGGAGAUGAGCAGUCGGACUUUGUCUGCAACACCAAGCAGCCCGGCUGCACCAACGUCUGCUACGACAACGCUUUCCCCAUCUCCCACGUCCGCUACUGGGUGCUGCAGUUCCUCUUUGUCAGCACGCCCACCUUGGUCUACCUGGGCCACGUCAUCUACCUCCACCGGAGAGAGGAGAAGCUGAAGGAGAAGGAGAGCGAGCUCCGAGCCCUGCAGUCCAAGGAUUAUAAAGUGGCAGCCACCCUCAUGGUUCUGGAGAAGAAGAUGGCCAAGAUCGGGGUGACCGAAGAUGGGAAGAUAAAAAUCCGUGGCCCUCUGAUGUGCACCUACAUCGCUAGCGUGGUCUUCAAGUCCAUCUUUGAAGCUGGCUUCCUCCUUGGCCAGUGGUACCUGUAUGGUUUUGUUAUGAAGCCCCUCUAUGUGUGUCAGGGGUCUCCUUGCCCACACCUGGUGGACUGCUUCAUGUCUCGCCCCACAGAGAAAACCAUUUUCAUCUUAUUUAUGUUGGUGGUGGGCUUGAUUUCCCUCACCCUCAACCUUCUGGAGCUCUUCUACCUCUGUGGUAAGAGCCUGCUCCGCAACGUCAAGGAGUCAGACUGCUGCUCCCCAUCUUCCGCCCCACCACUGCCCUGCGACGCCAACGCUUUCCCUUCCAAACUCUGUGAAAUGUCCAGCGCGCCUUAUCCGGAAAAGUCCUACUUCUGCCUCCCGAUGGCUGAAAGGCAUUCGCCCUCCUACCAGGCUUACAACAAGCUGUCCAGCGAGCAGAACUGGGCCAACUUCAACACAGAAGAAACCAUGGCUUUGCAAGGCCAGAAUAAACCCCCGGAUGUCUUUGCCCCAGACGGCUCCAAGGUCUGGGUCGCUCAGGAAAGGCUCCCAAGCCGGCCGAGUAGCAGUGCUUCCAAGAAACAAUACGUCUAGAGAACGGGCAACGGAAAGACAAGUGAGGUGGUCCCUUCCUUGAAGGCCACGGAUGAUUAUUAAGCCUUCUUGGCUUCCAUUUCUAGUGAAGAAAGAGUCAACAUGUUAGGAUUCACAUCAGGUGCUACUGUGUCACUCAGCUGGGUUCCUUCUGAAGAAGUAGGACUGGGUCUGUUUAAUUUGUGUUCCAGAUUUGUAGAUGAGAGGGCACAGCUGAUGUGUGUGUGUGUGUGUGUAGGUGGAACAUCACCUGUCUGAAGGUACAUCAAACGUAGCUUCAGGUUUUGAGGAGGGGUGGGUUGCAAAACCCGCCUACAAUCUAGUGGGAAAACACAGGCAAAAGGUUAUUUUUUUUUCUAGAGGGCAUCUAUUUACGGAUGCCCAUGGGAAAAAUCGGAGCGCAUACGUCAACUUCACGUCUAUCUUUGCCACAGACACACUCACACACUGGUUUACAGGAGAAUGGAAGGGUUUAGCAACAUAAGACUAAGGACGAUUUAAGAAAGUAAUCUAAAAAUAGAUAUCCUGUUUCAGGCAGGUUAUGAGGGACUCUCUGUUGUUGCUACUGCUGUUGUGUAGGCUAGGGAAGACACCCUUGUUUAAAAAUAGAAAGAAGUCCCCUGGAUAUAGCUUAGCUCCUUUCAGUAAUGUGAUGUGCCUUACAAGAAGGUGGUUGUAAAGCCUGUGUUUCUUGUCAAGGAUCCCCUUUGUCUUCACAUUGUGGUGCGUUGGGUUGGCUUAUGUUCCUUCAGACAUAAUCACAGGUGGUGGUUUUUCAACACAAUCUGAAAACGACUUUCCUUCAAGUCGAUAGCCUUUUUUGGAGGGUGGACUGGUUGAUUGGGUAGGGUUGUGGUUCCCAGCUUUGAGCCCCCAGAUGUUCUUGGACUACAACUCCCAGAAAUCCUGGGCAGCACAGCUAGUGGUGAUGGCUUCUGGGAGAUUUAGUCCAAGAACAUCUGGGGACCCCAGGUUGGGAAAUCAAAGACGCCUACUGAAAAUAUUGAACUGUCUCUCCUGGAGAAGAGGAUCGGAUGAUGGGUCUAAAGGUCUUGCUUUAGACCAGAUAUGAGCCAUGUUGCCAAGCCACACCUUCCAUCAUCCCCCACCC